CGGCGCCCCGCUCGUGUUCUUGGGGCAAUCACGCUGCUGGCCCUUCUGGAGAGGGGAGCUGGUUUCCUCCUGUCACAGGAGAGCCCCCUGGGAAGGAGGCAGGGAGCCACUUCCUGAGGCCACGAGUGCCUGCCGGGCUGGCCCGGGCCUCUAGCUGUUCUCAAGCUCUGCUGUCUAUUUCCUCACAUGGCAUCCUGGGCGUUGUCCCAGGCUCAGCCGGACGGCUGGAUUCAGCCUGGGUUUGCGUCUGCCUGAAACAAGAGGUUUCUGUGCCGUCCACACACACACACAGGAACAAGAGGUUACUGUGCCGCACACUCCCCGGGCGACAGCGUGAGAGCAGGAAGUCCUCUUGGCAGGUGUAGCUGCCACCUUGGCUUGGUGGCUUGUGGCCCGAGAAGAACCGAAUCUCUUGGGCUUGCGGGCCGAGUGACCAGGGUGCCCACCAGCCAUGCCCCGUCAGAAGCGUUGUGCUCAGGAAGGCCAGAGCCCUCACCUGCUGACCUGGCUCUCGGGAGCUGCUGUUCUGUGAGCACUGUGGCCCAGGCACUGUGACCGCAACCUGCCCCGCCCCACAUCCUUCUUCAGAGGAGGGAGCUGUAGCUGGAGAUGAGGGUGUGCUGGCCGGGAGGCCCUGGGGAAGGGGAGCUUAGGGUCUCGGACCUGGUCCUCCUGUGGACGUGCCACGUGGGGGCAGUUAGGACUGUGUGAUUGCAGGGUGGUGGUCCUUCUGUGCCCCCAGUGAUCACGGCGUGUUCUCCAUUUAGAGAGCCUUUGACUGCUUGGGGAGGCUGGAGGGAUUCCAGGGUGUCUCCACCUCCCAGGUGCUGAGAUAAUGAAGUGAGAUCCACACAGCAGCGCUUGCAGGUGGACGCUGGGCAGCGGGCAGACCAUGGCUCCUGCCUGUUCAGUGUCCACAGGACCUGCAGACAUUCCGGGUUCUGUCCCCUCAGCUGCACGGAACGUCUCUCACAAGCACCCCAGCUGUGCCUGCCUUGGCUCACCUCCUUGUCCCCGGGCUGAUGGCCCCGGCUCUGGGGAGCCCGGCUGCAUGGUUAGGCCACACUGGCCUGGGCCUGGAGCGCUGACCCCCAGAGGCACACUGUUUGUUCAGACCUACUUAGGGUUUCAACGUUAUGUUGGUUUUUAGAUAUUUGGGGGCUUGUGUCCUUAGUUGACUGUGUAAGUAUUCUGUCAACAAUUGAAGCAUUACAAUCCUUGAAAGUUGUGCAGUCUUCAGUCUUAAAUGAUCAGUUUCCACUUGUGAUAAAAGUUUUACAUUCCGUCUUACAGAGUUGUUCCAGUCUGAAAGGUACUCAGACAUGAGAAAGGAGAGUCAUUGGAGUCCGUGUUGCCGGAGCUGUGGAGCUCUUAGAAGGCCCGCUCUCCUGCUGGGCGCCAUGGGAGCUCUGAGGGAGUAACCCAAGCGCUCUGGCUGGGAGCAGAGGAGGCCCUCACCGGGCCUGGGGGCCGCUGCUGUGUGGAGAGGGUGUGGUCUAGGUGAGACGGGUUUGCGCUGGUCAUAGCCACUUGGAGCUUGAGUUCAGGGUGAGGGGCAUGGCGCUGACUCAGUGAAGUUCAGGCUGAGCAAGUAGGGUCGUGAGUUGUUGGCAUGAAGGCCGCGUCCAGGCUGUGAGAGCGCAGAGUCCAGGAGGCCUCAGACUGGCGUGUGCUGGAUGGGGUCCCUGCGGGGAGGCGGCGGCAGGGCCAGAGGCGCAGUGUGUGGAGGGGGCUCCUGGGAGCACCCCGCGUGGGGCCGGGGCUGCCGUGCAGAGUCCACAGCUCAGUCCUUGUUUCUCACUGGGACGUGCACCCCUGGGUGCUGUGGACUCGGCUUCUUGAGCAAUUCUGGGACGGUCCCGACAAGAUCCUGGGGGCUGACCUCCAGCAUUUGGGAGGGCAGCCUCCCUCGGGUACUCCUGAGAAGGUGUGGCUGUAGAUACGUGAGGUCUUCUUGGGUCCAGGGCCCAUGCGCAGACAGUUAAGCUUGUCUCUGUCUCCUGUUCCAGUCCCUAGAAUCUUAGGAGGUAAGCCCUGGGUGCCAGCAUAUGGCCUGGGCGUCUUCUCUCCAAUGUGUUGGGCUCCUCGCCCGUGGACACUUGUUAGGGGUGCUCAGUGUGGUUUGGGUCCUUGCCCAGCACCCAGGAUAUGUGUAAAGAGGAGACGCGAAGGACAUGCCUGCAUGUGAACUUGUGUGUGUGUUUCGCUUCCUGUCUGAGGCUCAAGCCAGGUGUGAGCUGCCGCCUCCGAGGAUCACGCUCAGCAUCUCCACGAGCUUUUGUGAUGACCGCCCCGUGAGGGAGAGUGAGCGGAGAGCGUCCCGGCUACAUUUUGGUUCAGAGGAAUCGCUGGACUCAAAGCAGAGCUUCCCGUCUGUUUUCAGAGAAGAAAGACCUCAUCACUCCAGGGUCAAGUGCACUGACCCCUCCGCCAAAAAGUGCUUGGUCAUGGACGCUGAUGACGAGGCGGUCCUGAACCUCAUUGCCGAGUGCGAGUGGGACCUCAGCAACCCUCCUGGGAGCAUGAGUUCCAGUCAGAAGGAAUCAGAGGCCAGCCUCCAGAGCUCCCAAGCAGAGUCGCGGCACCGACUGAGCCCGCAGUCAGCCCAGCACCAGUUUGGGGACGCCCUGUGGAAGGGCCCUGAGAGGCGCAGGAGCAGCUCCAGGGCCGGCUGCGUGGAGCCGAGGCUGCAGGACCAGCGCUGCGGCGAGCCCCCCCCGCAGCACUUCGCCCCAGACUCCACGGAGACUGAGGGCUCGGGCGCUUCUUCUCAGAAGUCCAGUGUGUCGACACAAAAGAUGUUAAACCCCUUGCCUGCUCCUGAGAAGUACAGGAAGCGGAGGAUGCCUGGCGGGAGGUUCCAGGUGCCCAUGGACGAGGCGUGUCUCAGCUCUCUGGAGGGGAGCCUGAGUGUGAGCCGGAGGAGCGGCUCGGAGGGCUGGGGCCAGGCCGCCUCUUCCCUCUCGGCUACCCCGGGGCCCGAGACCCCAAGGCCGCCCAGCGCAAGUGAGGCAUGUCCCAAACUGCACUCCGCCGUGCUGCCCAGGAAGAAGGCCACCCUGGAGAUGCUGCUCCUGGAAGCGCUCCUCGACCUGGUGGACAUGCACUGGAACGGCCGCGGGUCCCUGCACAGCAGUGAAGUCUUCCUUGCUCAGGCGAGACACAUUUUGUCAUCUGUUCAAGAGUUUACAACCACUCAGGACACUUCGACAACUGUGAAUGAAGAAAUUAGCUCCCUGACUCUGGAAAAUAAGUCUCUGCACAGUCGCCUUGCUGAGCUGCAGCACCAGUACGGCAUGAAGAUGACUGAGGUGGUGUUGGAACUCAGCGACACGCGGAAGCAGAUGGAUUACCUGAGGCAGCAUCUGGACAGAUCUCUGGAGGAGAGCAGUAGCUUGAAGUCGCUUUUGUUCAGCAUGAAGAAAGAUGUGAGGACCGCUGAUGCUCCGUCCGCGCUGAACCUGCAGAUCUCCGGACUCCAGGCGAGCGUGAAGCGGCUCUCAGGCGAGCUCGUGGAGCUCAAGCAGCACCUGGAGCACUACGACAAGAUCCAGGAGCUCACGCAGAUGCUGCAGGAGAGCCACAGCUCCCUGGUCAGCACCAACGCACGCCUGCUGCAGGAGCUGGACCAGAUGCGCGCUCAGCACCAGGCCGAGGUGGAGCAGCUGCACUGGAGCUACAAGGAGCUCAAGAAGACCCUUGCACUGUUCCCCACCAACCCCCGAGACGCGAGGCCUGCCUCCCAGCCGCGCGCCCUAUGAGCCCCUCUCCGCCGUGUCUUCAGGGCCUGAAGCGUCCUAAAAAGACAGAUUCAUCCACGCCUUUCAUGUGUCAGACAGUCAGAUCUUUACUUUUUCAUCAACUAUCUUGAGGUAAAGAAAAUGUUGCAUUUUUCUGCCUAACAUGUAAGAAAGUAGGUCUUUAGGAUUAAAGAAUAUAAUUUAUUGUGUAACAGACAACCUUAUUUAAUAAACACGUUGUUCUAGAAAAUG